AUGUGGGGCGAGAGGUCUGUCCCUUCGCAUAAAGUGUUGCCAAUCAUAGAUCUGAUUAUAACCAGUGGUCACAACAAUAAUGUGUCGGAAACCAUGUAUUUCGGGAAACCUAUGAUAGUUAUGCCCGUUUGGUUGGACCAGUUGGAUGCCGCUCAGAGGGUUGCUGAGAAGGGGCUGGGAGUUCGACUGAAUCCCUACGAGUGCUCUGAAAAUGAAUUAUUGGAUUCAAUCGACAGCGUAUUGAACGACAAAAUAUUGGCUCAAAAGUUGGCAAAAGGUCAGGUGCACGGCAGCGUAGGUAUGGCCGAGAUAUUGCGCGACACCGGGCGAUACAACUGUGUGUUUGCGGUGAACGGUGUUUGGAAAGCACUGCUCGAGUCCAAGGGAUUUGACGUCAAACUUAUGGAAAGUGUUGACUUCAAUGAUGCCAUAAAGGACUCGCUGGACAGCAGUCUAAUGGACCCAAAAAAUACAAAAACAUUUGCUAAGUCUCUGGAACCGACCUCUCGUAUAAAUACAUUGUUUUUGAAGUAUUUUAUUAGAGAAGCCAAAGAAACGGAUCCAUACGUGAAGACUAUAAUCGAGGACCUGAAGCCAGACCUUAUAAUAUCGGAUCAUUUUAUCAAUUAUCCAUCGAUUGUGAAAUCAGGUAUACCCUGGAUAUUCAGUUGGAAUGAUAGCGCACUAUCACUGGAUUUGGGUUAUCCUGAUAAACGGCUACCACCAUCCUAUUUAGGAUUGCCGACAAAUACUGAGAGAGAAAUGAAGGAGAAAUACAGACAACAACUUUGGGAAAGAAAUAUUGAUUUGUGGUAUAAAUAUAGGGAUGAACUCAUGGCUAUAGGAUGUCCACCACUAUAUGAGUUCCAGUACUGGAGCCCAUCCCCUUAUGCUAACUUCUAUUUGGCCCCUAAGGAACUGGAUUAUACGGACAUCAGACCACUUCCCGACACUUUCCAUGGAUUUGAUUGUUUCAAACGCAGUGGAAGUGAAGACACUUUAGAAAUACCGGAUAAUCUUAAGAAUAGGUCCGGAAAACUGAUUUUCCUUUCAUUUGAUAUGUUUGUGUCCAGAGAUGUAGAGCUCAUGAAGAGAUUGGUUGCGAUUUUGUCCAAAUCUAAGCACCGGUUCAUUGUCUCCAAAGGUCUCAAACAUAAUGAAUAUGAAUUGGCGGACAAUAUGUGGGGCGAGAUCUCUGUCUCACCGCAUAAAGUGUUGCCAAUCAUUGAUCUGAUUAUAACCAGUGGUCACAACAAUCAUGUGUCGGAAACCAUGUAUUUCGGGAAACCCAUGAUAGUUAUGCCCGUUUGGUUUGACCAGUUGGAUACCGCUCAGAGAGUUGUUGAGAAGGGGCUGGGAGUUAGACUGAAUCCCUACGAGUGCUCUGAAAAUGAAUUAUUGGAUUCAAUCGAUAGCGUAUUGAACGACAAAAUAUUGGCUCAAAAGUUGGCAAAAGUUUCCCAAAGAGUACAAAGCGAAGGAAAUUCCGAAAAACUCGUUAAGAUUGUGAACAAAUUAAUUAAAUAA